CCAACCAUGUCGGGGUUGAAGAUGAUAAACCACAGUCGAUUGCUGGCCGGCGCGGCGGCACGUUUGGACGCUGUUUGUAGUGCACCGUUGCCGAGGAAUCACUUAAUACAACACAGGAUGGCGUCAAAAGCUAUCACAUUAGAAAAUAUCAACCCUAACAUCGUGAAGUUGGAAUAUGCUGUGCGCGGACCGCUGGUCAUCCGAGCGGCGGAAAUCGAAAAGGAACUUGAAAAGGGCGCCCAGAAACCUUUCAAGAGGGUGAUCAAAGCCAACAUCGGAGAUGCUCACGCUAUGGGACAGAAGCCCAUCACCUUCAUCAGACAGGUGUUGGCAUGCGUCUCUUUCCCCGAGCUUAUCGACACAUACGACUUUCCCAGCGAUGUGAAAAAACGCGCUCAAGAAAUUCUCGAAGGUUGCGGUGGCCAGUCAGUCGGCUCCUACACCGCAUCACACGGCAUCGAACUAAUCCGUCGACACGUCGCCGAAUACAUCGAGCGUCGCGACGGCCAUCCAGCGAAAUGGGACGACAUUGUCCUUACGGGUGGCGCUUCUAGUGGUAUCAAAAAUGUACUACAAUUGCUGUGUAAUGACUGUGGAGGAAAACCUUCAGGUGUUCUCAUCCCCAUACCCCAGUACCCACUAUACUCGGCAUCCUUAGCGGAAUACGGUCUCACCCAAGUGGGGUAUUACUUAGACGAAGAUAACGCCUGGGCGUUGGACGAAGCGGAACUAGAAAGGUCCUUGAAAAGCGCGAAGGACUGCAGUGUUAGGGCCAUCGCUGUUAUCAACCCAGGCAACCCUACAGGACAGGUCUUAACGCGGUCCAACAUCGAGACGAUCAUCAAAUUCGCCCACCGACAUAACCUGUUGCUUUUGGCUGACGAGGUAUACCAGGACAACGUGUACGCCGAGGGAAGCAAGUUCUUCUCAUUCAAAAAGGUGCUGAGAGAACUGGGUGCACCAUACACGAAUGAACUUGAAUUGGCUUCUUUCAUGUCUAUCAGCAAGGGUUACAUGGGUGAGUGCGGUCUUCGCGGCGGUUGGAUGGAGUUAGUCAACUUCGAUAAGGCCGUUCAGGCCAACCUCUACAAGUGCAUAUCAGCCAUGCUGUGCCCCACUGUACUAGGCCAGUCUGCGGUGGAUUUAGUUGCCAAGCCACCGAGCAAAGGCGAGCCGUCCUACGACCUCUGGAUCAAGGAGAAGACAGCCGUUCUAGACUCCCUCAACAAGCGAGCUAGAAUGAUCGCAGACACCUUCAACUCUAUGCAGGGAUUCAAAUGCAAUGUCGUUCAGGGUGCGAUGUACGCGUUCCCAAGUAUCGACCUGCCUCCGAAAGCCAUCGAGGCGGCCAAGGCUGCCGGAAAGGCGCCCGAUGUGUAUUACGCCUUCAAACUGUUGGAACAGACUGGUAUCUGCAUCGUCCCCGGCUCAGGAUUCGGCCAACGCCCCGGCACCUACCACUUCCGCACCACCAUCUUACCACAGCCGGCAUUACUGCAAGAAAUGUUGGACAUCUUUAAGAACUUCCACGAAAAGUUCACCAAGGAACACGCUUAAACGCACUACGAUUAGGGUUGUUUCACACGUACCACAACUACACGACAACCACAACCACAACACGUGGUCGGGCGCAUAUUUUGUAUGUUUAAUGAAUAGUACAAUUCACACGUAACCACUGCUUAGCCGCAUUUUAACGCAGCGACGUGGUGUGGUUGUGGUACGUGUGAAACAACCCUUAGACGAAUAUCAAGAUAAAAGACGCUUAGAGCUAAUUUCAAGGGUCAUAUCGUGGGUGGAUGACUACCCACUAUGAUUUAAAAAAAUCAUCACCUUCCUCGCGUUAUCCCGGCACUGCCACGGCUCAUGGGAGCCUGGGGUAAUUAUGAUAUAAAAAAAAAAAAAUUAUUUACAAACAAGAAAUUAAUAACUAGCUUAAAUCUAAAAUAGGCUCUUAAGGCAGGCACCAAGGAUGCUGGCGGCAUUUACUCGCUGUAUCGCAAUGCUGAUACGUUGUGCGAGGUAGCCGCCAGCUCUUCGGUCACCAGUUACGUCAACUAGAUCUUUCGCGAUUUCUGCGAACAAUGUGAACUGGGACCCCAUGGACCUAGAGUUUCAAUUUGAUUUUAAAAUAAUAUUCAAUAUCGAAAAUCUAUUUAAUAUCUAUUUUGAUUACCACCAACAUGCUUAAUCAAGUGAAUUAAAUCCUCGCCAAUUGCGUUUCCAUACAUUUUGUAUGGUCUAGGCCGCCUUGUAUUUUCUCUCUGCAAACAUGUAUUGAAAUAAACAUCAUGUCAUUGAGUGAAGAUUCAAUGUGGUCCAGAUUCAAUAACAGUUAUUGUAUUUUACGCUCAACACAUCACAAUAGGUAUCUAUUUGUAUAGAUAUAUUCACGUUUAUAAUCACCAGUCUUUUAUACAUUAUGUAUAAAUUGUAUGAUAUUAAUAUGUAUACAAUAAUUAUACAUACCGUUAUGAAUACUAAAAUGUGUUUAUGCAAUAGGUAUGGCGCGAUAGAAAUGACUCUUAGGUGCGUUGGAAUCCAUUCGAGUAAUUGAUAUUGUAUAGAAAAUGUAUAUGUAUGUCGGCGGCCGAUCGUAAGAUCAGGCAUAUCGUAAAAUUCCUAGGCAUAUCGUGAAACGUGAAAAUCUUUGACUCGUUCCCUGAGUCGACGGAGCCCGCGUAGCGGGGCUCCUAUUACUAGGCAGUUUGCCCUUCGGGCAUCUGAAGCGAACCUAUCCUACCUAUAUAUUGGUUUAAUGUGACUAUAGUCAAAACAUUACAAUCUGCCUGAUCUUACGAUCGGCCGCCGACAUGUACAUUAGGAUUGAAAGAUGUAAAAAGGGCAUUUUCGCGGAAAAAAACUGUGUCUGUACUUUGUUAAAAGAUCUGUUAAUACUAAAAUCUAUGAUACCAGUGAAUUGAAGUGCAGAAUGUGUUUUUAAUGAUUUAAUUGGCGUUUAAAUAAAUAUGAAGCAUUUUUAACACAUUCAUUGCCACCCAGCCGAACAAGACGUCCGCGCCAGGCCACAAUAAUUUCGUCAUAUAAAACAGUAGUACCACGAUUCCGACUAUCGGGUAUAAAAUACCCGAUAGUCCGGUUUUCAGAACUGAAUGUGUUCAAAAACUACUCAAAAAUGUCAAGAAAACCCUGAGUUAUGAAUUAUACUCCAUUAAGACGAAAAUGCCCAUACUCAUUAAUAUUGGUUGUUUAAUAGCAAUAUGUUUAAAUAAGUUGCAUUUUUUGGUCCUUGGUUGCUUGCUUCUUUGUACCUAUAGCUAGAGUUAGACCAAGUAAUUUCUGCAACGAUUUUGAUAGCAUAUGCAGUGCAAGUGUUAUUUAUACGUCAAGUUUGACGUUAAAAAUAACACUUGCACUGCGUGUGCUAUAAAAAUCACUGCAGACUUAUCUUGGACUUACUCUAAAUAUUGUUUGCAAGCAACGGACAUAAUGGAUUGUUUAAAAUUAUAUGGCUGUUAUUUUGGACUAGCUAGUUGAUUUUAAUGCUCUUUUUAAUGUAUAUUUUAUACACAGUAUUUUACUUUACACUUUGUUUUUAAUUAUUUAAAAAAGUCUAAAUCUGGUCGCAGCACUCGUUAGUUAUUCAUUUUUAAAUUGGCAACACUAUGAUAAUUACUAUAAUUAGAUUAGUAUUAGUAUUAAAAUAUAAUUAUUCUUAAAUAUUCUGUUAACUUCUUUAUUAAGUUUCUCUUAAGUCUAGUCGGUGUGCCAUUCGACUGUCUAAAGACAAUAAUUUUGUUAGUCAUUCUAAAUGUUUUCUUAAAUUUUCCCGGUGCAUUAUAAAUGUAAAAGCAAUGUCACAGAUUACAGAAUACUAGAACAGAUACGCUACUUUCAACGGCGAUAAUUUUCUUGACCAUUGAGAUCUGUAAAGGCCGAAGAUCGGCCUCUACGUCUGGCCGAAGGCCGUCUCCGUAAAAGGUGAAAACCCUGAUGAGUUAAAAUACAACCUAAUGUUUUUAAGGGGUUAAUUAAGGAGAUAAAAUACAACAGAAUAGUGUCUUAAAAGCACACUAGAGAAUUGAAUCCUUGUCUUUUAGUUCCUGUUUGUCACGUUCAAGCAAAAAUGAACACUAAAUAUAGGUACUAAAGAUGUAAUCACAAUUCACCGCGCUCAAAAAGUACACGAAAUUUUCUUGCGGUAGUAGGUAAUUUGAGAGAUAAAUAAUACGGCUAAAUAUGGAUGUCGUAGUAUUUGUAUGGAGGCCGCUAUAUGACGGCACCGCUAUCCUAGGAAACCAGAGCAUAAGUAGCGUAUUUGUAUAAUCUGUGGCUUAAAUCUGGUCAAAAUCGAUAGAAUCGAUGGUUAAUUAAAAACGUAAUUGUCAUAAAUUUGCGUUAACGCGUUAUUGUUUAUUUUAGAUCUAGCAAUAAUUGGCUGUAGGUAGACAUUCCUGACCCUUAAAUCUGUAGUUAAGCGAGUUGUUACGCAAUGUUGAAAUUUAAUAAAAAAUUGCAAAUUUU